CAUGUCCAUGGACAUCAAGACAGCUGCUUUGUCCAGUAUGCAUCGAAUUUCAUCCAUGGCACUGGCAGGAUAGAUGGAGAGAUCAUGGAGACCCUCUGGGCUCCUAUGAAUAUAAUCUCUCCAUCAGCCAGGGGCAUGGGAACUCCCCAUCGCAAGGAGGUAUUGGAUUAUCAGAUGAAUGAUUGCAAUGUCAUGAAAAUGAUUUGUAUAAGUAAGUCGCCAACCUCUGCAUGUACAUAUAUUGUCUGUACUCAUACAAUGCAUGUCCGGUAG